CCUAGGCAGCCCCGAUCCCCUUUUGGGCCUGGCACAUCUCUCUCUCCCUCACCCUUCCUUCUCCAACUCCGGCCGCCGCCAUGGCUAGGCCGGCGUGGUGGUGCGCCUCCGCGCCAUCCAUUCACCAGCACCACCAUCGCCUCCUGCCACCACUCCACCACGCACCACCAGCACCACCAUCCAUCGUCCACACGCCUCCACCAGCGCCGCCACCAUCGCCCACCUCGCGCACCCCUCCUUCUUCCUCUCGACCUCCUGCUGCUGCCUUCUCUUCUUCCACGCAACCUGCUGCUGCUCCUUCUUCCUAUGCGCCCCUGCUGCUCUUCUUGCUGAAGCCCUUUCCCUUCACCACGCUGAUGUUCCUUCUUCUUCCCCUUGCUGCUACUAUUUCUCUUCUUCCCUCGCCUCUAGCUGCUGCUCCUAGUUCUUCCCCACGCCUCUCCGUUGCAUCUCCCUGCUGCUAUCAUUCUCCAAGCUCGCCCCUCUCUGAAUCCCUACUGCUGCUGCUCUUCUACUUUCUCCUACCACGCUGCUGUUCUGCUCUUUCUCCAUCUCCCAACUCCAAGUCAUUGCUGCUACUCCAUCUUCCUUUGCCCCGCUGCUCCUCCUCCCUCUUCUCAACACCCCCCUGCUGCUGCUUCUUCUCUCUCAACCUCCUGCUGUUGCCUUCUCUCUCUCUCUCUCUCUCUCUCUCUCUCUGAAAUUUCUGUAGUAUUGAGAGAUGUUUAAGACUUGUAAGGUUCAGAUUUGAAGAGUACAUGUAAACUGCUGUUUGCUCUGUUUAGUACUUGUAUAAUAUAGUGUAUGUGAUCUGAGAUCUGACUAGUUGAGGCUUUGUUACUUUGGGAGAUACUUGAUCUAUUAUAUUUUGGUUCUAUCAAUUAGUAUUCUGCUAGUAUUUGUGUGUGUAUGUGUAUUUGUUCAGUCCGAAGACAUGUGUGGUUCUUACUUAUUUUGUUGACCAGUGAGAGUUUGUACUGUUACAUUGUGUCCCUCAUUUCGAAUAUAUGAGAUCUAGCUAUAUAUGUUUUAUAUAUUAUGUACUUGCUGAUGAUUAAUGUCCAGUUUAUUGUUCUUGUGAUAUAUACACAUAUGUGUGUGUUAUGUUCAUGUCCUUUUUACUUCUCUUGUCAUUGAUGUUAGCCUGUAUUAGUAUCUUAAUUUCUCAAGUAUUAAAAAAAUACCAAAAAGAAAGUUAGUAAAAUCUGAAUCUACCUUUGCUUAUCUGCAUUUUCAUUGGCGACAAUCUUGAUAGUUUAGGUUUAUUCUCUGUUCCCAUCAUCUGAAUUGUAUUACCUAGCUUUAGUCGAGCGUAGCCGCUGAUUGCCUAGUCCCUGUGGAGAACACGACAUCCGUAGUUUGGGGCGUAAAAACCCCGCUAUAUUACAAUUGAUCAUUUUGGCGCCGUUGCCGGGGACUAGCGUCGUGUGACCGUGUUAGGCUAUAGACUAGGUUUUUCUUCUUUUUCUAGUUUGUGCCAUAUAUUCGUGAUAUAUCUCUAACCACUAACCCCUGUUCUAGUUAGUAUUUUUUUUGUUCUUUUCUUUUCCUUUUUGCAGGUUAGAACUAUCUUCUCGGUUAUGGCUUACUAUUCAGAUCAUCAGGCUUAUGCGAGCAACACUGCAAACAGCACGGAAAGUAUUCAAGAACUGAUAAGUAAGAUUUCCCAUCAAUUAGAUGAUUUAGCUCAGCAGAGAGGAGUAGUUUUUGAGGAUAGGCCUAGUUCUUAUUAUCCUUAUUCCGGAGGCAAUCCUUAUGUUGCUCCUACAUGCCAUAUUUGUGGAUUUCAGGGCCAUUCGCCCGCUGAAUGUCAGCGUGGUUACUCUCACACUCCAGAUUGUUUUGGCAUGAGCUUCGCUCAAGAGCAUAGCUCAUACCAAAACAAUUACUCACAUGGGUGGCCUGAAAACCCGAAUAUGUCAUAUAGGAGCAACAACCCUGAGAUCUCAUCGUUUGCUUCUAGUAAUCAUAUGCAGGGAUUUAGGUAUGAAGAGGAGAGCCACAACCAUGCACCACAACAGUUUUUUUCACCUCCUACUCAUAUACCUCAAUACCAGGAGAUGUGUCCAAUGGAGUUAAAUGGUCCUCCAUUUGGUCAACCAACAACUCCAGCACCUGUUGAGCAAUCUCAUGUGCAAGUGCCCACACAAGAUGAGUUCGAUGACAUAGACAAGCUCACAUUGCUUAGUCUCGAGUUCACUUGGAGUGCUGAAGAUGAUCCAAUUAGGCCGGUGAUACUAGAUGAAAUGAAGAAGAUCAAGAGUGGAAAGGAACUAGUGGAAGAAGUAAGGAAGAUUGAGAAGAACAUCAAUGCUGGCAGCACUAUUUCUUCACAGCUAGAGCUGAGUAUUUCUGGGAUAUCCUUUGAUACAUGUGAGGUUCCAACACCGUCACAUCCAGCUGAGCAAGAUAGCAAGAGUCCAGAGGAAGAGAGACCUCAGAUUGAAGAUGAACUAGAAGACAAGGAACAAGAUGAUCAAGAGCUGCAAUUUCCAUGUGAUCAAGUUGAAGACUCAUCAUCUACUACUCCUGAAGAAGUACAAGAAGCUGCUGUAGAUGAAGAUGAAGAACCUAAGAUUCAUUGGCCUAUUGUCAUACAUGAGCGUGAUGUGUCAGGUUUACCCAAUCCUCUUGAUGACAUGAUGCCUUGUGAUUUCUUUGCUACUACCUUGCAUUACAUGAUACCAUCACUUAAGAUUGAUUUGAAAACUCAUUUGCUUGGAUAUGAUGAUAUAUACCCUGUUAGUGGCAUUACUCUCAUUUGUGAUGAUCAUAGUUACUUUCCUCGUGCUAGUCCUAUGCUUAAUGAAACAUAUCAUUCCCAUGCUAGUCUUGAGCUUAAUGAUAAAUAUCAUCCUCAUGUUAGUGUUGACCUUGCUGAUUUCUACCAUCCUAAACAUGUGCUUUAUAGCUAUGCUUAUGUAAUUGGAUAUCCGAUUGAUGACUUGGAGGGUAUUAUCCCUACCACUUGCAUUGUCUCUUUGGUUGAGUGCUCUUUCAGGCUGUUGCUUGUGCACGAUCCACUACAUGCUGACCAAGUUCGAGAUGACAUUCCCUGGGACCCCGGUGGACCUAUGGCAUGGGGAUGAGGAGAAGCAAGGAACACACAAGGAAGGGAGAAGCUGGAGCAGGCAUGAGGAUAGAGAAGCAAAAGGAGAGGAGCUGCAGCUUAGAGAGUGAUCAAGCGAGUGCUACUUCAUAGUGCCCGGUGAGCUGUUUCAUGACCCAUUCUGAGUAUAUCAUCCAUUGAUACAUGCUGAAAUCAAAUGUUAUUUGGGUUGCUUAAGCCAUGUCUUAAAUGUUGCCUCACUGAAUUUUAUUUGACAUAUGGUGCUUGAUGAGAAUAUGCGAACUGAUUGUUGAAUGCCAUGUAAACUAGUGAUCUACAUAUUGCUUGCUUUGCUGAAAUUAUUGAAAGUUAUUAGUUUUGAGUGCUCAAAUCCCUAGUACACUAGAAAACUUAAUCAUUUUCUGCUUUUACCUCGAUACACCUAGAUCACCAUGUUUAGAUGCUGAAUUUGUGCCAAGUGUGUUCCCUUUGAGAGCAAUCACCUAACCACUAUGGAUUAGCAUGCUAUGUUCCCUAGAUCGGUAGCAUGUGAACCAGACAUGGAGAAGUGAUGAUUCCUUUUUUUGUGCUUAUGCGUUGUUCAUUUAAAAAAAGUAUUAUCUUAUAAUGAAUAAUUAUCUGAUCUACCUAACAGUAGCAUGUCAUGUUCCCUGGAUCGGUGGCUUGUGAAAUCUGGUUGGAUCGGAUAGGAGUAAAUUAUAAUAAAAAUGUAAUUGUCGAACCAGGUGUAUACCAUGUUCUCGGGAUCGGUGGUAUGUUCCUUUGGGGAGACAAACAAAAAAAUAAUAAAAAUUGGUGGAGCCAGGUGUAUACCAUGUUCUCGGGAUCGGUGGUAUGUUCCUUCGGUGAGACUAAUAAAAUAAUAUGUGUGUUUCUUUCAAAUUCAAUAAGUGGUUCAACCACAAAGUCAUAUUUCUGCAAAUAAGAGAUUUAAUUCCAGUUCUUUUUGUUCUUGGGAUCAUGCUCUCUUUAGGAACCAUUUGGCGCAGUCAUCAUUUAAACUUGUUGAUCCUCUUUUAUCAUUGUAAAAGUUUAAAAUGGUCAUGCUUACUAGUAUCCUACCGCUUUGAAGAACUCCUAACCAUUAAUUUUCACUAGCUAAGUCCAAAGCAUGCAGUGUUUAGAGAUCUACUUCACUUGGUAUUCUCUAGUCAGCUCACUGUUCACAUUCUUGCUCUUGUCAUAUGCCUUUGCUUGAGGACAAGCAAAAGUUUAAGUGUGGAGGAACUUGAUAAGCACAUUUCAUAUAUACAAUUUUGGCAUAGAAAUAUAUUAUUUAUUGAGAUAUGACCAUCAAUUCUUGCUGUGAAAUAUUGAAUAUUUGCAUGAAAAUCAUAUAAAGUAUCAUUUACUAGUCUUUGGUCUAUUUUGCAGAAAUGUGCGCAAAGGCACUAUAAACUUCCAAGAUCUGGACUAGGUGGCUAAGAGAAUUAGUCAAGUGAAAAGAAGAGAAGGAAGAAUGGACUUAUGUGUGAUGAUAAGAAGUAACCUGAGGGGCUAGCUAAAGAGGAGAGGGAUCUACUUGAGCCAAAAGAAGAGAAGAGAAGGGCAAAAGUGCAAUAUGGGCAGAUCUGAUCGGGAGGGGUCAAAAUCCGUAGGCAGCCCCGAUCCCCUUUUGGGCCUGGCACAUCUCUCUCUCCCUCACCCUUCCUUCUCCAACUCCGGCCGCCGCCACGGCCAGGCCGGCGUGGUGGUGCGCCUCCGCGCCAUCCAUUCACCAGCACCACCAUCGCCUCCUGCCACCACUCCACCACGCACCACCAGCACCACCAUCCAUCGUCCACACGCCUCCACCAGCGCCGCCACCAGCGCCCACCUCACGCACCCCUCCUUCUUCCUCUCGACCUCCUGCUGCUGCCUUCUCUUCUUCCACGCAACCUGCUGCUGCUCCUUCUUCCUAUGCGCCCCGGCUGCUCUUCUUGCUGAAGCCCUUUCCCCUCACCACACUGUUGUUCCUUCUUCUUCCCCUUGCUGCUACUAUUUCUCUUCUUCCCUCGCCUCUAGCUGCUACUCCUAGUUCUUCCCCACGCCUCUCCGUUGCAUCUCCCUGCUGUUAUCAUUCUCCAAGCUCGCCCCUCUCUGAAUCCCUACUGCUGCUGCUCUUCUACUUUCUCCUACCACGCUGCUGUUCUGCUCUUUCUCCAUCUCCCAACUCCAAGUCGUUGCUGCUACUCCAUCUUCCUUUGCCCCGCUGCUCCUCCUCCCUCUUCUCAACGCCCCCCUGCUGCUGCUUCUUCUCUCUCAACCUCCUACUGUUGCCUUCUCCCUCUCUCUCUCUCUCUGAAAUUUCUGUAGUAUUGAGAGAUGUUUAAGACUUGUAAGGUUCAGAUUUGAAGAGUACACGUAAACUGCUGUUUGCUCUGUUUAGUACUUGUAUAAUAUAGUGCAUGUGAUCUGAGAUCUGAGUAGUUGAGGCUUUGUUACUUUAGGAGAUACUUGAUCUAUUAUAUUUUGGUUCUAUCAAUUAGUAUUCUGCUAGUAUUUGUGUGUGUAUGUGUAUUUGUUCAGUCCGAAGACAUGUGUGGUUCUUACUUAUUUUGUUGACCAGUGAGAGUUUGUACGGUUACAUUGUGUCCCUCAUUUCGAAUGUAUGAGAUCUAGCUAUAUAUGUUUUAUAUAUUCUGUACUUGCUGAUGAUUAAUGUCCAAUUUAUUGUUCUUGUGAUA